UUGAACACGAUGAACGGCGACAAUCCAUCACCACCAGUGGAUGGUUCAGACUGCAGUGGAUGGAUGAAGCCUUGAUGUGGAACGUCUCGGACUUUAACAACAUAAAGAAUAUGACCCUUUCCCUGGUGUUUGCUCUGCCAGCAGAGUAUGGAGACAAAGUAGGUCUCUCCAUGACCGUUCUACUCUCCUUCGGGGUCUUUCUCACUCAGAUGACAAACAAUAUGCCCAAGACAUCCCGUCAGACGUCCUACCUCACCAUCUACUUGACCAUCCUCCUCACCCUAAGCUCCAUCCAUGUGGUAAUGUCGGUUGUUAUCCUCAGAAUGCAUAGUUCCCUGGUGUUUGCUCUGCCAGCAGAGUAUGGAGACAAAGUAGGUCUCUCCAUGACCGUUCUACUCUCCUUUGGGGUCUUUCUCACUCAGAUGACAAACAAUAUGCCCAAGACAUCCCGUCAGACGUCCUACCUCACCAUCUACCUGAUCAUCCUCCUCACCCUAAGCUCCAUCCAUGUGAGACUGGAUCUUCAUGUUCAUGAAAACCACAUUGAUGAUGUGAUUACAAAGAAGUGCACAGAUGAUGCAACCUGGAAGGAUGUAUCUUCCAUGCUUGAUGCAAUGUGUCUGAGGGCAUUCUUCUUCAUCAACAUCACAUGUGGCGUCAUCUUCUUCACCAUCCUUACAAGAGCGUAA